GAGCAACUCCAACCCACCCCUCUUCGCGUCUCCUAUUAUGGUUUUAGGAGAGAGAAACCCAAAAAUCCCCUCCAACCCAUCUCUCAUCACGUUCCUAGCGAUAGGAGAUCUCUCAUCCGCGAGCUCCGACCUCCUACAUCCAGGAGCUCCGGUCCGGACUCUCAUCCACGUGGAGGAGCAACCGUCGCCCCUUCCCGCGCCGGCUGGGACAUUCCCGCCAGGGAGCAAGAUGGAACCAUGGAUGAUCGAUAUGCUUGCAGGCAAUGGUGGUGGCAGCCACGAUCUGGAAAUGCAUGGGACCAAUGCUGGUGGCAACCAUGAUGUGCAAGUUGUUGAGACUCAACAUGGUAGCCCACAAGAGGAACAAGUAUUCAGAGAGGGUGCAGUUGUUGAAGCUACCACUGGUGUGAAAGGUAACAAGAAGAGAUCCAAAAAUUUUAGUGUUAAGGAGGACAAUCUGUUGGUGGCAGCAUGGUUAGAAAUUAGUAUGGAUGUAGUACAAGGCAUUGAUCAACCUCGUGCUACUUAUUGGGAAAGAAUUCAUGAGCACUACCACUUGCACAAGGAUUUUGAGACUGACCGUAAUUGUGGUUCUCUUGCUCAUCGUUGGGGUAUCAUUCUAGAAGCAGUUAACAAGUUCUGUUCAUGGUAUGGUCAUGUGCAAAGAAGGCAGGAAAGCGGUUUGACGGAGCAAGAUUGUUAA